GCAAAGUAUUUAAUGCUUGCACAUCUGCGCGUCACCCUUUCCCUGGAAGAUCACAGAUUCACAUCUCCAGUUUUCCACACACCUAGGAAUCUACUAGACGAAUCCGAAAAGAGAGUAGGCAGUCGCUACAAAAUCUGCAAAACUGCACCCCAUUCCUUGCGGCUGAUCUAAUUCUCUUCUUCUUCUUCAUUAUUCUUCAAGAUCACGUGUUUCUGUUUGUAAUGAUCACAUGAAAAACCCCAUUUCAAAUCUUGGUGAAGCAGAGCAUAGUUAUAGCUUAGCACGAGGGGUGGUUUGCUUCGGGUUGCGGAAUCGGUGAGUCCGAAUGGGAGUGAGGGACACCAUCAAUAGGACCCUGCUAUGCUUCUUAGUGUUCGGCGUUUUCCUUGUCGGGACUCUGAUUUACAAUGGAACAAUUGAUUACAGAUCAAGAUUCGUGAACUUCGAGUCCCCGCUGAGGAACGCUACGCCCUGCCCCAGCAGCGCAGGGCAGCCACUGAAGGUGUACAUGUACGAUCUGGACAUCAAAUACAAUGUAGGGCUGAUGAAAGGCGGAAAUGUGAGCGGGAAGCCGGUGAGCUUGUCGACGCUGCCGCCAUGGCCGGAUGCAUCCGGGGGGCUGAGGAGGCAGCACAGCGUGGAGUAUUGGAUGCUGGCGUCGCUGUUGUACGAAGGUGAUGGUGUGUCUGCCCUGGAUUUUGUUAGGGUUUCGGAUCCGGACACUGCUGAUGCGUUCUUCGUGCCAUUCUUUUCUUCGAUGAGCUAUAACACUUACAUCAAGCACGGGGAUUAUUCGGGGGAGAAGUUUGAUAUUCAAUUGCAGGUUGAAAUUGUUGAAUUCCUUAAGAAGUCCAAAUAUUGGAAGCGAUCUGGUGGUAAGGAUCAUGUGAUCCCUGUGCAUCAUCCAAAUGCCUUCAAAUUUCACAAAGCUCAGGUUAAGAAAGCUAUUUGGAUUGUUGCUGAUUUUGGACGUGCUGACCGAAAUAUAUCUAAUCUGCGGAAAGAUGUUGUUGCCCCAUAUGGACAUGUGGUUGAGUCAUUUCUGGAUGAUGACCCCCCAGACCCAUUUGAGUCUCGCCCCACACUUCUCUUCUUCCGGGGGAGGACAAUUAGGAAAGAUGAUGGAAGGGAUCGUUUGAUACUGCAAAAAUUAUUAGCUGGUGAAAAGGAUGUUGUGUUUCAAGGAAGUGAGGGUGUCUCAAAUAGUGGCAUAAAAAAUUCCACCAAGGGGAUGCGGUUAUCGAAGUUCUGCCUAGAUCCUGCAGGAGAUACUCCAUCAUCUUGUCGCCUUUUUGAUGCAAUAGUGAGCCAUUGUGUUCCUGUUAUUAUAAGUGACAAAGUCGAACUACCAUAUGAGGACGAAGUUGAUUACAGUGAGUUCUGUAUCUUUAUCUCACGUGAGGAUUCAAAGAAAGAAGGGUACAUAGUGAAGCAGCUAAGGAGCAUUUCGAAAUCAAGAUGGGUUGAAAUGUGGAGGUUGCUUAAGAACAUUUCUCAUCAUUUUGAGUUUCAGUACCCUCCGAAAAAGGGCGAUGCUGUAAAUAUGGUGUGGAGGCAGGUGAGACACAAGCUUCCUUUUGCAAAUCUUGAUGUACAUAGAAGCAGGAGGUUGAAAGUCCCAGAUCCAUGGUUGAGAUAGUUUCUGAAUUGUCAUCCACAGAAGAAUUUCCUAAAUAGCCAAAGUUUUUGACUGUCACUGUGUCAGAAAUGGUAGUGUUUGAAAGAGGCACUUCCCACUUCCCAGAAUGGGAUGAUUUUUCUCAGGAGUCUGCAACUUCUUUGGUGCAUUCUUUUAGUUAUGAUUACAGUCUUCAUUUUUGGAAUAGUGACCACUGAAAAGUAGAAGAAGGUUUUGGAGAGGAUUGAAGAGGAGGGUAUAUGUACAAGUACAACGUAAUACCACUUGUGAAUUGAUAAUAAGUUCAAUAACAACUCAAAUAUUUAUAUCUUCAAUUUUAUGA